AUGAUUCGUCGCCAGUCUUAUUCCUUAUAUGGGAUUGUUGUUACCAUCUUUUUCUUCUUCUUGUUUGCUUCUCCUACGCUCCAGUUUUGCCGCCAUGACCAGAGAGAUGCUCUUUUGGAGUUCAAAAAGGAGUUUUCUGUAAGUUAUAUGAGUUCUUGGAACAAUAGCAUUGACUGCUGUUCUUGGGAAGGUGUCACGUGCAAUGCCAGAUCUGGUGAGGUGAUUUCACUUUACCUUGAUAAUGUCUCUCUCAACAACACUAUGAAACCAAAUAGUGGCCUUUUCAAACUCAAUUAUCUUCAAAGCCUAACCCUUAGAAAGUGCAAUCUUUAUGGGGAGAUUCCUUCUUCAUUAGGAAACCUUUCUCAGCUCAUUUAUCUUGAACUUUCCCAAAAUGAAUUAGUUGGUCAACUUCCAACUUCAAUUGGAAACUUGACCCAACUAAGCUCCUUGAGCCUCACUGAUAACCACUUAAGUGGAAAGAUUCCUGUUUCAUUUGCCAAUUUAACAAAACUUUCUACUCUUCACCUCACUAAUAACUACUUUGAAUCCGAGCUCCCACUUGAGAUGCGUAGACUCCACAAUUUGGAGUAUAUUUUUUUGAGCGGGAACUCAUUUUCUGGGCCUUUUCCUUCAUUCUUGUUCACGAUUUCUUCGUUACAAGUGAUUUAUUCCAAGGGAAACCAGUUCAAGGGACCUAUAGAGUUUAGGAAUACAUCUUCAUCAUCUAGGCUCCAUUCUCUGUCCCUUUCUAGCAACCAAUGUGAUGGUCCAAUCCCUGAAUCUAUAUCUAAACUUUUCAAUCUCAACAUCUUAGAUCUUAGUUUCAACAAUUUCAUUGGGCCAAUACCUAGAUCAAUAUCACAGCUAGUCAACCUCCGUUACCUUGAUCUCUCCCAUAAUAAGUUUGAAGGCGAAGUACCACAUUGCUUAUGGAGAUUGCAAGUGGUGAAGCUUUCUUACAACUCUUUUAGCAGUUUUGGAAAAUCAUCUCAAGUUUUCGCAGGAACAGAAAUGAAUUUGUUGAGUCUUUUAUCGAAUUCAUUCCAAGGACCAUUUCCCCACUGGAUCUGCGAUCUUACAUCGUUAGUUUUCUUAGAUAUGUCCAUCAAUAACUUUAGUGGCUUGAUUCCUUCAUGUUUAAGGAAUAACACUAAUCUUGAAGUCCUUAAUCUCGGAUACAACAGUUUCAGUGGAACUUUUCCUGAUAUGUUUGUCAAUGCUACAAAUUUAAAGACACUUGAUAUUAGCUGGAAUCAGUUGGAAGGAAAGCUUUCAAAGUCCUUGAUAAAUUGCAAAGCUAUGAGACAUUUGAAUGUGGGAAGCAACAAAUUCAAGGAUAAAUUUCCAUCUUGGUUGGGCUCUCUACCAUCGUUAAACGUCCUCAUCCUCCGAUCAAAUAAAUUCUAUGGGCCGCUAUAUGAUCGCCAAGCCUCCAUAGGGUUUCAAAGCCUAAAAGUCAUUGAUAUCUCACAAAAUGACUUCAGUGGAACCAUACCAGCUUUCUAUUUUUCCAGUUGGAGUGCCAUGGCCACAUCACAAUACGACAACAUGUACAUGGAAGAUUUCAUGGUGUAUGUUGCAACCUACCGUAAUUCUAUGGAAUUUGUGCACAAAGGAGUAGAAACAGAAUUUUCAAGAAUCCGAGAAGACUUCAUAGCCAUUGACUUUUCAGGAAACAAAUUUGGUGGAAAAAUUCCAGACUCCAUUGGAUUGUUGAAGGGGUUGCGUCUACUCAACUUGUCAAGUAAUGCAUUCACAAGUGACAUACCUCAAUCGUUGGCAAAGCUGAAUAACCUCGAGGCAUUAGACCUAUCCCGGAAUCAACUGUUAGGUCAAAUUCCUCGAGAUCUUGGUACGCUCUCCUUUUUAUCAACCAUGAAUUUCUCACACAACAAACUCGUAGGUCCAAUACCACAAGGCACCCAGUUUCAAAGCCAAAAUUGUUCUUCAUUCAUGAGCAACUCCGGACUCUACGAUCUUGAAGGAAUAUGUGGAAAACCUCCUGCCCCAAAUCUUACACCACAUGAAUGGUCGGAGCCCGAAGAACAAGUGAUUAACUGGAUAGCAGCCGCAAUAGCGUACGGACCUGGUGUUUUUUGCGGAUUGGUGAUUGGACAUAUCUUCGUGUCACACUCACACAAGCAUGAGUGGUUCAUGGAGAAGUUCCGGAAAAACAAGCACAGCACAACGGAGUAA